AUGGCAGCGCUGUGGCUUGCGAUCUUCGCGUGGACGGUGCGCGCGACCACAUGGCAGGAUUGGAGUACCAGCAGUUGGGACAGCUCCUCCAGAAGCUCCUGGAGAAGCAGCACCGGUGGCGCUUCACACAGCUCCAGCGGCUCACACGGCUCACUGCGCGCCAGCGGCUCUAUGCCCGAUGGAUCCCUGCGUGAUAAGGAGGAAAAGGAGUUUCUGAAGGACCAGGGCCAGGGCUACAAGAGCGAUGAGGUGGUGCUGGCCGAGUGUGUCGAGCAGAGUUCCGGUUGGAGUGAAACCCUGCGACGGCAUUGCUGUGAGGCCAUGGGCUUGGGCUGCGGCGUCUCCUUGGCGGCGGCCGUCUCAACGGGCGUCUCCAGCCUCGAGCUGCCGGCCGUCACGGUGGUGGUGGGGAAAGAAUUCGAGGUGCCCGUUGGGACCUUUCUGGGGCAAGAGGUGACCUUGCUGGUGGAUGGAGAGCCACCCCACAACUGGCUCCAGUUCAAUGAAAAGCAUGGGAGCCUUUUGGGCCGUGUCGGCGCCCCUGGCAGUUGGCGGAUCUCUUUGCGUGCCAAGGGCGAUGAAGAGCUGCCUUCCGCACACUUGGAGCUCUUUGCCGUAGAUCCUUUGCACUCACCGAGCACACCAGCGGGCGCACCUUUUGAGGAGGCGAAUGCGCGGCCCUUCUUGGUGCAGAGUGUGCCGGAUAUCUGGACCAAAGUAGGUCAGAACUUCCAGCAGGCCGUGCCCGCCACCAGCAUCGUCGAUCCCUCUGGUGCCCCCUUGCUCCUCACGGCGAGGUUGAAGUCCGGCUCACCGCUGCCGCUUUGGCUUUCCUUCGAUCCGAGUACCAGGACCUUCCGAGGAAAACCUCCCUAUGAAGAGGACUUGCAGAUCUCUCUCCAUGCCAGUAAUGCGCACGGAGCGAUGUCCACCAGUUUGGGGCUCCAUGCCACCGACGGCGACCGCGGCCCCAGCAGCCGCGACCAGCACGCGGUGGCGGCCUUUCGAGGGCCGGACGUGGUGGUCCCCGUGGGGAAGCGCUUUGUCCAGAAGAUCCUCGGAAGCCAUGGAGAAAUGGUUGGAGAUGGACUCCUGUCGCGUUGUCGCCAUCCCAUCCCCUCGUCCAUCCUCGUCCCCUCAGAGGACGACCAGAGUCCAGGUCUGCACCGCCGCGACGAACGCCGCGGCGAACGCGGCGCAUUCGAUUCAGAGACGGCCUUAAAAUCGGUCGGGCCACCCGCCACGCAGAACGAGGAGACCAAGGGCAUCAAGGCCCGACCGCGGCGAGCCAAGCGCGCCCAAGCAUAG